AUUGGUUCUUAAUAGUAGAAGAGGACUAGCAAAUGAAAAUGAAACAAGGAAAACAAUGACCAAUACACAUCAGUUUUUGAGUGCAAAAUCGACAGGAUUGAUCGAGAGAGACGUUAAUGGAGACGUACUAUGGACAUGGUCCUAUCCAUCUGUGAGUGAAGAAGACAGAGAAUUUUUUAUUCGGAAGUCUCAGCUCGAUUCCCCGGACAAUGCGGUGCCGUUUCUAUACAGCCAGAGACAUCACGCCUGGUACUACAUCUUUACUAAUGUUGUAGAGGAUUCUGACCACCUCCCUAAAGUUACACAUGUUUCUCUAGUUCUUGUCACCAAAGAUUUCAACCCAGAAAAAUACGAGAUACUUUGCCGGAUUCUGCUGAAGAAAUACCGAAAAUCUGGCAACCCAGCACAAUUACUGGAAAGUUAUCUCAGUGUCAUCACCAGGGGGAGCUGUUCUACGGAGGAAAACGGGCGAUUCUCUGUACAGGAUUACGACAUUAGAAGAUCAUAUGCCAACACAAAGCUAAAAGAUUUUAUUUUGACCUAUGGAGUGGAGUCCAUCAUUGUGUACACAGCUUUACUUCUCAAAAAGAGGGUGGUGGUCUACUGUCCAGAGAAUCAGGUCCAACAAGUACUGUCCAUAGUCAGGUCCCUCCCUGCCCUGGUGUGGCACAGGCAGAACUGGGGCAUAGCCUUCCCUCUGAUAGAAAUGGAGGACUCAGAGAUGGACACAUUAAAACAGACCAGUAGUUAUGUGGCAGGGGUCACUGAUGCUUCAAUGGAGGGCAGAACAGACCUGUAUGAUGUAUUUGUGAACACUUCUACUGGGCAGAUUUCUAUAGCACCAGAGGCCAAAGAAUCUUUUGCCAUGGGUAAGCUGCACAAAGAUAUCGCCAAGCACAUGGUACAGUGUGCAGAGGCAGAGGAAGUGUCGGAGGAACAACUAACCAAUGAAAUUUCAAAAAAGACGGGAGAACUGCUGAACAACCUCAGGAGCCUGGCUACGGAAUCCAACGAUGGAAGACAGGUGAUUCAACUGGAAACUCUGAAGGAACGUAAAAUGGCGCCUGCCACAGAGAGCUUCCUGUUCUCUCUGGCGGCCUGUGAGGGACUAGUGGACGUCUGACCGGGAACAUUGCUUGUGUGUCUGUGUGUGUGUGUGUCAGCGGAAUGCAAUAAAAUGUAUAACAUUCAGCAGAACCACAGUUUUUCAGAUGAACAUUGAAAUGGCUUUCUGGAAAGAUGAAUCAAGCAAUCAGAUAGAGAUUGUUUUAAAAUAGAGAAUUUUAUCUUUACAAAUGUGUAGAUAUGAAAAGGAUCAAAAUGAAUACAUGUACUAGUAAUUGAGAUACAUGUACAGAGUAUUUCCAUCAAAUUAGAUUAAA